AUGAAAAAACAAACAUCAUCAACAAUAAUUCAAACUGAAUCGGAAAUUUCACCAUUAAACAAACCUUCAACUGUUCUUACAUCAUCAUCAGAUGGAACCUCAGCAUCAGCAAAUCUGCCAACAAAAAUUGAUAAACUAUCAACAGAAACACAAUCUCAAAGAAUAUCAGCUAAAUUUGGUGUUGUAUUUACUAGUCAGGUUGUGGAUGUGUGAGUGUGAGC